UGCGUGAGAGACUGAGAGCUCAUUCUUCUACCGAAGGAAAUUAGCACCAACAAACAAUAGCGGCUGAAGCUAGAAAGCAAUGGGGGAUUCCCUCCCUCUCCAUGUUUGCCAUGUAAACAAACUAUCCACAUUCAUCUACAGGUCACACACACUCGUCCACUUCAUGGCUUUAGCUUUCUUGGUUUACUACAGAGCCUCUUUCCUCUUCCAAGACCACAAGAUCAGAGCCACACCCAUGCUACCAUGGCUUCUUGUGUUCGCUUCUGAGCUCCUCCUCUCUUUCAUAUGGCUUAUCGGUCAAGCUUUUCGAUGGCGUCCUGUUACUCGGACAGUCUUUCCAGAGAGACUACCGGAGGAUGAUAAGCUUCCGGCAGUUGAUGUGUUCAUAUGCACAGCGGAUCCAAACAAGGAACCACCUGUGGAGGUGAUGAAUACUGUGUUAUCAGCCAUGGCGCUGGACUACCCAGUAGAGAAGCUACACGUGUAUCUUUCGGAUGACGGGGGGUCUCCUAUGACUUUGCAUGGUAUGAGGGAGGCUUAUAGGUUUGCAAGGUGGUGGCUUCCAUUCUGUAGGAGGCAUGCAAUCAUGACCAGGAAUCCAAAUGCUUAUUUUUCAGCUUUAGCUGAUGAUGGAGACUCUGGGACUUCCGAGUUCAUGACAGAGCGACGGAAGAUUCAGGAAAGAUACGAGAUGUUCAAGGAAUCGGUGACGAAAGUAAUAGACAGAGGCGGGCCUGGGGACAGCAGUAGGAGCACUGCUGGAGAUCACCCUUCUGUAAUUGAGGUGAUACAAGAUGAUUCCAAAGACACCGUGCAAGUAGACCAAGCUAAGACGCCUCUCCUUGUUUAUGUUUCCCGCGAGAAAAGGCCUUCUGAUCCCCACAAUUUUAAGGCUGGAGCCCUCAAUGCCCUUCAUCGGGUAUCGAGUGUGAUAAGCAAUUCUCCCUACAUACUAGUACUGGAUUGUGACAUGUAUUGCAAUGAUCCGACAUCAGCAAGGCAAGCAAUGUGUUUCUAUCUUGAUCCAAAGAUCUCAACCUCGCUCGCUUUCGUUCAAUUCCCUCAGAGAUUCCACAACAUCAGCAAGAACGACAUCUAUGACAGUCAGAUGAGAGCAACAUUUUCGGUGCUAUGGGAAGGUCUAGAUGGGCUUCAGGGACCCGUCUUGUCUGGUACGUGCUUUUAUAUCAAGAGGGCGUCCUUAUGUGGAAGCACCAUGCAAGAAGACAUUGAUAUCGAGAAACUUAAGAAGACGUUUGGUUCAUCCAAUGAAUUAAUCCAAUCCCUUGGCCGAAACUACAAGCCUAAUGUGAUCCAGGGACAGCCUGGAUUGCCGAAAGAUGCUCAAUUAUUAGCCUCCUCUACGUAUGAGAACGACACUAAAUGGGGUAAAGAGGUUGGAUUCUUAUAUGAUUCUGUGGCGGAAGAUUUCUUCACAGGGUUCAUCUUACAUUGCAGAGGCUGGACUUCCAUUUAUUAUAAUCCAUUGAGGCCACAAUUCUUGGGUAGUGGCAACACGAAAUUGAACGACCUCUUGACUCAAGGCAUCAGAUGGACCUCCGGGAUUGUAGAAGUCGGUUUCUCAAAGUUCUGCCCUUUUAUAUAUGGACCACUCAGAAUGUCUUUUCUUGAGAGCAUGUGUUAUGGAGAAAUUACAAUUUUCCCUUUUUAUUUCGUGUCAGUAUGGUGUUUUGCCAUUAUUCCCCAGCUCUGUCUACUCAACGGCAUCCCCUUGUACCCUAAGGUCUCAAACCCAUUUUUUGUUAUAUUUGGGUUCAUCUUUUUAUCGGCCCUCUCUAAACAUUUAUAUGAGGUCCUAACAACUGGAGGAUCAUUCCAAACAUGGAUCAAUGAACAAAGACUAUGGAUGAUAAAGUCUAUUACAUAUCACUUAUAUGGAAGCUUAGAUGCUAUAAUGAAGCGGAUGGGAAUGAGAGAAGCCAGUUUCAUACCCACCAACAAAGUCGUGGACGAUGAACAAGUCAAGCUCUACGGAAUGGGAAAAUUUGAUUUUCAAACAUCAAACAUGUUUCUUCUUCCUAUGGUUGCCCUAAUCAUCUUGAACAUGGCUGCACUCGUUGGUGGACUUCUGAGAGUGAUCUUUGUUGGCGAUUGGGAUAGGAUGUUUGUGCAAGUCUUCAUCUCAUGCUAUAUCUUAUUUGUAAAUCUCCCAAUAAUUGAGGGCAUGAUAAUAAGGAAGGACAAGGGACGCAUUCAACCAUCGGUCACUCAAUUGUCUGUUAUAACCUGCAUUUUUUUCUUGUUUUUGGGGUCUAUCAUUCUUCGUUGGCAAGUGAGAUAGGAACUUGUUUAGUAGUCCAUAAUUAUUAUAUAUUUUCAUGUUAAUCAUGUCAAUAAUGUAUUUGUUUGAUCUGUAACUCGAUCAGUUCAUGGGAAAGAUUGUGAUGAUCUCUAUUUUAAUGGCAUGUAUUCCCCGGUGCUAUGUUUAUACC